AUGAAAUUUAUCAGAAUAGUCAUGUUUACUUUACUCCAGAUUACUAAUAAAGUAAGUUGUAUUGAUGUAAACACAACGUCUGGUGUAGUGAGGGGUCAGACACUACAUGUGCUCAACACAAGUAUUGACCAGUUUUUGGGAAUACCUUUUUCUGAGCCGCCGGUCGGGAGCCUAAGGUUUGACAAACCGGUCGCCAUUAAAAAACCAUUAAAAGAGGUAAUCGAUGCGACAAAACCCAAGCACUCAUGUAUGCAAAACCCUCGCGAAGGACUGUCGCUCAGCGAAGACUGUCUGGUGCUUAACAUUUGGGCCCCAAAUAACAGGUCGAGUGCUUUAAAACCGGUUAUGUUUUGGAUAUAUGGCGGAGGUUUGAGCGGCGGCUCAAUAUUCAUGGAUACACACAAUGGGAGUGUUUUGGCCACACAUGAGGUGGUGAUUGUGUCCACAAAUUAUAGGUUAGGAGAGUUUGGUUUCCUAUACGGGGAUCGGGAGGACGCGCCCGGAAAUGUCGGCUUUUAUGACCAGUUAUUGGCUCUCAAAUGGGUUAGAGAAAACAUCCACUCAUUUGGCGGAGAUAGGGAUCAGAUCACCAUUUUUGGUGAGAGCGCCGGGAGUUGGUCGGUGUCCGCACACAUACUCUCCCCGCUAUCCAAAGGCCUAUUCAAGAGGGCUAUUAUGGAGAGCGGCGCCCAUAUGUAUAACAAAGACAGGGAUGUGAUUACAGCGGAGGAGUCGGUGGCAAACGGGAAAUACAUUGCAACCCAAGAAAACUGCAAUCAAACCGAGGAUUGGAUACAAUGUUUACGUCGAGUGGACGCACAAAAUCUGGUGAAAUACGCUAAAGCGUUGACAUACCCGGUGUUGGGCACAGAGUUUUUGCCUGUAUCUGCACAGAAGGCAUUUAGAAACAAACAAAUUAACCUAGACAUAGACCUGAUGGCUGGUGUGACCCGUAACGAGGGCUCGGGGUUUGCCAAAAUUAUUUUAUCGCAACCGAACAAAACUACCCUGGAACAAUUCAAAUUCGGCAUCAACCUCGUGAACGCUUUAUACCACAACAUAGACGUACCAAAAGUGACAGAUAGUUAUCUGUCGGGCGUCAACACCACUGACCCGACAACCCUUUGGCACAGAUUUGCUGACUUUUUUGGCGAUUUAAUACUCAAGUGUCCGACAUAUCUGUUUGCGCGACAGUUCAGCGCCGGUGUUGCCGACAAACAUCGGGUCUACUUCUAUGAGUUGGACUACGGGAGUGAACUGUACGGCAAACACACCGGUUGUGAUCCCAAAACGAUGGGCGUCUGUCACGCGGCGGACGUGCCGUUUGUCUUCGGCUUACCAUUCAUUCACACCAAAGACUUCUCACCGCAAGACCUGGUCUUCAGUCGAGAUGUGAUGCGAUUGUGGACUAAGUUUGCAAAAGACGGACGUUUUGGUGAUGAGUGGCCGCAGUUGUCGGGCGCCGGUGUGUCGUCCGGUGCGCCGCCACUCGUGCGAAGUCUAGAUCCGGCAAAUAUGAGCCGCAUUUACACCGAUCCCUACCAUAAUACUUGUGAUGGCAUUUGGCAGACAUAUUAUCUAUAA